AUGUUCUCCCUACGCUUACUGAGACGCAAGAGGAGCGAUUCGGCGACGUGUGGGUCGUAAAUUUGUGCAGGGUGGACUUUGUCAGUUUUCGCCAGAUUCUACAGUAGUGUCACCUCAGGACCAAAUUCAAUGAUGUUUAACAGACAGAACAGUCUUUGGAUGGGUGAUUUGGACCCAUAUAUGGAUGAGAGCUUUGUCAAGCAGGCCUUUAGUGCUAUGGGAGAAUCGCCGUUGGGAGUCAAGAUCAUCACUCACAGGAUAACAGGUGGCUCAGCAGGAUACUGUUUUGUGGAGCUGGCAGAUGAAGCAAGUGUCGACCGCUGUGUACAGAGACUCAACGGAAAACUGGUUCCAGCAUCAAACCCGCCCCGGAAGUUUAAGCUAAAUUACGCCACGUACGGGAAACGCCCAGAGGCAGGGCCGGAGUUCUCAGUGUUUGUGGGAGAUUUGGCCUCUGAAGUGGACGACUUUCAGCUGCAUCAAGUCUUUAAGAAGUACCCUUCCUGCAAAGGAGCCAAAGUAGUCACCGACCAGUACGGCUAUUCAAAAGGCUACGGCUUCGUCAAGUUUGGUGAUGAGAGCGAGCAGAAAGCUGCGAUAGAGGAGUGCCAGGGAACGAUGCUGGGGGGGAAAGCCCUGAGGCUCAGCAUUGCUGUAGCUAAAAGCCAAAAGACAAACUACCAAGGAGGCCAGAGCCAGAGUUAUAGUAGCUACAACCCGUCACAGUCUGGAUACUACGGCAGCCAUGCGGCAGGAAGUCAGGGGGGUUACUACCCUCAAUGGGGCGGCUAUGACCAGUACAGUGGAUACAACAGCAGUGGUUAUGGUGGCUACAACAGCGGCUACAAUGGCGGCUACAACAGUGGCUACAACUAUAACUAUGGGGCUUAUGGAUACCCCCCACCAGGUCACAUGAUGCCACCACCUCCAGUGGGGAUGCCACCCAUGUCCACUGACAUGUCGGGAGCUGUAGAGCAGGGCCAGGAGCAGGCUGAAGAUGCUGAUGAUGAGAAUGCAGAAGAGCCCAUCCCUGAAUGUGACGUGGAGCUAUGGAACAAGGAUUUUAUGCAGCGCAGUGAGGAGCUUUAUGAUGCUUUGAUGAACUGUCACUGGGAACCUUUGGACUCUGUCGACUCGCCCGUCCCAAAUCUGUCCUGAUAUCAUCUUUCAUCAACCAGUGCUUUAGUUUUUGUGUGAUUUUUAUACUUCUGAAAUUGGCGUCUAAAAACACACCUUACAAAACUCCCGCCAGAUCUGUCUUAUGAAGAAAAACUGGUUUCUGUACACCAGAACUACACGAGCUGGAGCUGACCAGCACACAGACUGCACUGUUAUAAAGUGAAUGUUGUGUGGUGGCAUUUCACCUCUUCAAGAUGUCACUGAGGAAACAAACAGUACGUUGCAGUGAUCACCAAACUCGUAACGUUUCUUUCAGUUUAAAUCGUCUUCAUGAUAUUGUGCAGAUCAAUCAGUCCUUAUUGUCUUGUUUGUUUUUUAUUGAAGGACUUUUACAUUUCUCUCUCUUGGUUUAACAAAUUUUAUUCAAAUGUAAGAUGGAUUGUGGGACGAAGGUGGCUGACUAGUUACCAAAAGAAUAUAAAAUGUUUUCAGUAUGAGAGACUCAGUGACUUUGAAUGGAUUCAUGGUGUGCAUCUCUGUUGUGUAAAUUCGCUGCAACUGUAAGGUUUCUGUGAAGUCAUCUGAACUGAUGGUAGCCUUUAUUUUCUGCUGUUUAGUGGGAAAUACUUUGUACAUAUUGUCUUUCUGAAGAUGUUUUAUCAAUAAAACCAUUGAAAUGAGAAGUGA